AUGAAUUCAAGUAAGGAAUCACAUUCAGGUUCCACAGAGCUGCUGAGACCAUCACCAAACAGAACAGACACGGACAGACACGGAGCUGGUGAAACCAUCACCAAACAGAACAGACACGGACCUAGUGAAACCAGAACACAACAGGACAGACACGGAGCUGGUGAAACCACCAAACAAGAGGAUAGACACGGACUUAGUGAAACCAGAACACUUACAGGACAGACACAGAGCUGUGAGACCAUCACCAAACAGAACAGACACGGAGUUGGUGAGACCAGCACUCUACAGGACAGACACAGAGCUGGUGAGACCAUCACCAAACAGGACAGACAGAGCUGGAGAGACCAUCACCAAACAGAACAGACAGAGCUGGAGAGACCAGCACCAAACAGAACAAAGACGGAGUUGGUAAGACCAGCACCAAACAGAACAGACACGGACCCUGUGAGACCAUCACCAAACAGAACAGACAGAGCUGGAGAGACCAUCACCAAACAGAACAGACAGAUCUGGAGAGACCAUCACCAAACAGAACAGACAGAGAGUGAGAGACCAGCACCAAACAGAACAAAGACGGAGUUGGUGAGACCAGCACCAAACAGGACAGACACGGAGUGGGUGAGACCAGCACACAACAGAACAGACACGGACCUGGUGAGACCAGCACACAACAGGACAGACACGGACCUAAAGAAACCAGAACACAACAGGACAGACACAGAGCUUGUAAGACCAUCACUCUACAAGACGGACGCGGAGUUGGUGAGACCAGCACACAACAGGACAGACACGGAACUGGUGAGACCAUCACCAAACAGAACAGACACGGAGUUGGUGAGACCAGCAUCCUACAGGACAGACAUGGACAUUGUGAGACCAGUACCACACAGGACAGACACGGAACUGGUACGACCAGCACCCUUCAGGACAGAUGGCGAUCUGGUGCAAUCAGCACCCUUCACGACAGACAAGGAGCUGUGGCAGAGGACAUUUCAGUCAGGAGUGGGGGCAGGGGCAGGACACAAGUAG